CGAGGAGGAAAAACAUCUCGGAAAACAAGGACAAGGAAUUUCCUCCAAUAAAACAUGUUGGAUUCGCUCACAUUACUCCUGGAAAAAGUAUUCUUCCUCACUCACCUCAAUGUCUUCAAUCACUUCAGGACCAGUCUGUUCUUUUCAGACACACAAAGAGAGCGGGAGAAGAAGAGAGUUACAAAUCACUGCGAGAAAGAAGGGGAGAGAGAGGAGGUCCCCGAUCCCACCGCCGGCGCCGCACUCCCAGACUCCCUAUACCAGCGGGGAGACUUGCUAGAAGUCCCCCGGACUCUAUUCACUCAUUUUGGCAUCUAUUUAGGGGACAACCGGGUGGCACAUCUGAUUCCGGAUAUCUUGCCACUCUUUACAACCGACGAGCGUUCCGUUCAGGUGAUGGUCACGAACAAACGGUUAGUUCUCGGCGUCCUAUCCAAGAGCGCCAGCGUCCGGGUGGAUACCGUUGAGGACUUUGCCUACGGCGCGUCAAUUCUACUGAACGUUAUGGACACUGCGGUGCAGAAACGACCGUUGGAUGGCGAAGAGAUCGCGAGGAGAGCGGAGAAACUGGUCGGGAAGAUACCUUACAGCUUGCUGUGGAAUAACUGUGAACAUUUCGUUACUUACUGCCGGUACGGCAGCGCAGUCAGCAUUCAGACAGACAAGGUAACGUAGGGAUGUUGGCCUAGAAAUUGGCCUUUCUUCUUUUUUUUUUACGCACUGCGCGGACCUUUUGAAGACGCCGUCUCUCUAAAAAGCUAUAUAUCCCAAAGUUCCGCUAACUGCAAAAUGAUAACAGUGUUUUACUAUAUAGGCCUACAUUUAAUAGGUCCCUAUAUGUGUUGAUUAUACUAUGGGGUGUGGGUCCUAAAUAUAAUAUAUAAUAAUAUAAUAAUAUAAUAAUAUAAUAAUAAUAAUAUAAAUGGGUCCUGUGUGCGCACUUGGAACUGUUGCGCGCUGGCGAGAUGUUUUCACAGAGUGAUGCUGCAGGACUUUUCCGUUUCUAUAACUAGUUGCAGAAUUUGAAUACUUAAACAUUAGCAUAUUAAUUUAUAGAUUAAGUUAAUGCUGUGAACUAGUAAUUGCUGGUUUAGGUGAUAGGCCUAUAUGCCUUGAUAAAAAAUAAAAUAAAAUAAAAGUUAGUCUAUAACUCCAUUCAAAGUAGGCUAUCAUAAAGCAGGAUCAUUUGAUUAAUCUCAAGUAAAAUCGGCUAAAAAAUAGUCUUUAGCCUACUUUACUCUAUGAGCAAUGUUAAUGAUGUGUAUCAAUAUGGACCCAUGUUUAUAGAGCAAUUGUGAUCAUGACGCAAAAGGCAGACAAAGAAUACGUCCCAAAUGACACCCUAUUCCCUCUAUAGGCCUAUUAUGGUGCACUAAUUGUGUCCAGAGUCAAAAGUAGUGCCCUGCUCUGGUCAAAAGUAGUGCCCUGCUCUGGUCUAAAGUAGUGCACUAUGGGGAAUAGGGUUCCAUUUGGAACUCAGGCAAUUAUUUGUCCAAGUAUGCUGGGCCACAAAACUGGGUCAACCAAUCCCGUACCCCAAGCCCUAAAAAAAGACAGACCCGACAUGAAAAUGUGAAGGACCGGCUCGAUUCGGUCUUAUGUAGCAACAUUAUUUUAUUUUUAUUUUUUAUUUUUACAUUGGAUAAAUGUAGAGAGUCAGAGCUAGAAAAUGGUAUAUGAUACACUACAGUUGAGGAACAAUGGGAAAGUAAUUAUGCUUUGAAAGUUGAUAAACUUCUAACCCCACUUUUGAGAAAAUGGCCCUUGAAUGUUUAGGUACACUUACUGGAGAGCUCUUCUUUGUCUACACCCAUUCAGCAUCGUUCACACCCUCUUAAGCCUUAGCCCCACCCAUCUCUUUUAAGGAUUCACAUGCUAAACAGUAUUGAAACCAAAGAUUUCAAGACUGAAGGCUGGUUUGACAUUACGUCUAUUGACAUGUCUAUAUACAGUGAUCGCAGUGACAUCAUGAACCUUCUAUUGUCUACUGACAUCAAACUUGUCGUUGUCGUUAUGAAAAAGUUUAAACACAAAAACGACAGGCUGCAUGACAUCAGCAGGCUGGUGGUCCAAAAUAGCAUAACUGGUGUAUUUUAACACCAAUAAACCCAUCCGUUUAAAAAUGAAUGUAGUAUAUGUCAAUCUAGCCAACCAGGCAAUUAAAAGCAACUUUCUAAAGAAUGUUUUGGUUAGAUUCUAGCUUGUUAGCUAGCUAGCUAAAGUUAAGUUAGCUGUCUAGCCAGUUAAAAUAAAGACCAUAUCAUAUAGCUGACAACAUCUUAACUUUAGCUAAUUUGUAUUCAUUAUUACAGGAAAAUAAACUCACAACAAGAUCCUUAUUAACAAGUUAAUGGUGAGCUAAUUACAGAAGAUAUCUUACGGUUGUGAGUGUGACGAAAUAAAAGCAGAGCAUUCUACCUGAGAAUUCUAGAACUUGGACACCGUCUCGUUGGCCUAACGUUACAUCCUAAUUUGACUUUGGUGCAGGUCAUGUUGUUCUUCACAUUACCGUCUCUGGUAAACACACACUAUAUCAAAUAAAAUCAACGUAUAUUUCUCACAUGCACAGGAUACUGAAGGUGUAAACGGUACAGUGAAACGGUUACUUGCAUAGUGAAGUCUUGUUUAAACAUCUAGCUAGCUAGCUAAACAAUGAACCAUAAUCCCAACUCAUAACAUUAUUACCCUGCAUGAAUCUACAGGUAGCUAAAGCUAACCAACUAGGUUAAAUGUUAGCUAGCUAGCUAACAAUAGGCUAUAACUAUCAAUGCAAAUGGCUCUGAGAUACUAAUAAUAUUACUACAUAGAUCAUACACGUAACGUUAGCUAGCGAGGCAACCAGUCAGCUAACGUUAGCUAGCUAGCUAACAGUAUGCUUUAACUUGCAAUGAAAAUGACUUUUUUGACUAGAUUAGAAACGUAUAAUAUCUGAACAUGUAGCUAGCUAAACUCUCUUACCCAUAUACAUGGAUGGACGCUUCUCCCUCUCUGUCACGGAUGCCAUGGUUGCCCUUAGUUUGAAGAUGUAAUCCGAAGACAGUUGUUUUAUACAACAGCCUUCUCUGUGUUCUCUUUUGUCCUCCGCAUAUUUGCAAUCAAAUGCCUGAAUUUUCUCCAUCUCCUUAGCUAUCAUACUCUGCUUCCAUCGGGCAUUCCACUGAUUUCAAAACUCGGUCCACCAGAAAGUGGAGAGCAUUAUCAACACUUUUGCAAUUCUUCAUGAUAUCUUUCAAAAAAGCCACAUUAGAAAGGAUUACCUACACUUACUGACCAGCUCAUGUUAUAGACAGAAGCAUGCUACAUGGCAGACCAAUCCGAACUCAUCUCUCUGCAUUUUCAGCCCAUCCAUUAUCUCAGCCAAUCAUGGCUAGCGGGAAGGUUCCUAUCUUUUUCCUUGGCUAAACCAACUAGGCUCGUAAUUUAAAAAUGUUAUUCGUAUUUACAGAUGGCAUACACAUUUGUUAUUAAGGUACAUGAAAGUUCACAUGUUCCAGAAGGCAUUUCUGCCCCAAAACGCAUUUUGAUAAAAAAUUUUUUAAAAAACUUCAAAUGCCUCUCCUGUGAAGUAGUGAAGCGCGACUAGUUUCCUGAAACGAGUCACAAAUGUGGACCAGUCUGAGACAGUGUACCAUCAUAUCAACACAGUAUUUAAAUCAGGCCAUUUGCACCACUUUGAGUUGAUAGGCUGACUAGGCUUCUUAGUCUGCUGGUCUGGUGAGAGUCUUGAGUUUCCGUUUUAAAUGAGCCCCAUUGAGUAAGCUAAGCUAGACUAGUGUAGCCAAUUUUAAUGUGCCUGUGUGCUGCUUUUAACGGUUGUUCAUUGAGCGCCAGGCAGAAAGAACUCGUUUAGAAAAUAACUCUGUUCUUAGCGCUCUCUCUCUUGUAGAGAACCCGUCGGCGCGUUCUGUUCGUUCUAUUCCAUUGGCUCUACCUAAAAGAGCAAAUUGAGGCUAUACGUCCCAAAUGGCACCCUAUUUCCUUAUGUAGUAGUGCACUACUUUUGACCAGGGCCUAUUCUAUGAGCAAUGGAUUUGGCAAGAGUACAACCAGAUCUGGGACCAGGCUAAAAUACAACCUCUUUUCAAGUUCAAGUUUGUUUAUUCAAGUUUUGUUUAUUUGUCAUAUACAAAGUGAAUAAAUAUAUACAAUAAGUGAAUAAAAAGGGGUAAUAUUAAAUUAAAAACUAGGAUUAACAUUUAGCAAAAAAAAAUCUAACAGAAGAAGGCACACAAAGGUAUUGAAGUGGGAAAGUUAACCUAGACACGGACCUUCUAUAGAAGGUGCAUGCCAUGCGGUUGAUCCACUUGCACGUCACUGGCUAUAAUAUUAGCCUUUUGCCGAGUCCCCAACAACCAGAUGUUCCGGUUUUCAGGGGAAAAGGAAAGAGAGCCUGUGAUGCUUUUGGACGUUAACAAGGUUGACACUCCAUCUUAACUCUUCCUCCACAUUUACUGGAUUGGUUGAACAGUGCAGAAGUGAACCUCCCCCGACAUAUUAAAAAAAAUUUCAGGCGUUUCUUUUAAGCCUGCCACGUUAGGUUACUGGCUUAAUGUUCUUAGUAGGAAAUUUGGGUCGUUGGUCGUUUCUCAAGACAAAAUACUGAAAAACGGUCCUAUUGAAGCCGUGUAGACAGGCCAAAUCACUGCUGUAUUUGGAGAGGUGAUUUUAACCAGAGUUGAGGCCUGGCAGCACCGUGGCAGGGAGGGGUAGCUAAGGUUUUCUCGACCUUUAUAGACUAACCAUGAUUGCCCCCAAAAAUGAGUCCCAAAACGGCACCCUAUUCCCUAUAUAGUGCACUACAUUUGACCAGGGCCUAUAACUGUUCUAUAAAGCCUAGAAAAUAAAUAGGGUGACAUUUGGGACGGACGAUAGCAGCCCAGUCUGGAUGGAAACUUAUUCAACGACUUUAGACAUCGAAUAUUUGAGUGUAACUUUGAUAUAUGGGCUUCGCAGACCAGCUACUGCAGAGCAGAAGCAGAGACAGAAUAGCUUUACUGUAGCAUGAGUUCACUGCAGAAUAGCUUUACUGUAGCACGUGUUCACUGCAGAAUAGCUUUACUGUAGCACGUGUUCACUGCAGAAUAGCUUUACUGUAGCACGUGUUCACUGCAGAAUAGCUUUACUGUAGCACGUGUUCACUGCAGAUACCAGUGAGAGAGAGAGACUGAGACAUACUUGUAGAUAUCCUCAUUACCACAAAAAAAAAAAAAACGUGUUUUUGUUCUAAUGGAAUGUUUUAUCAAAGGACAGAGGCAAAACGAACUGUACUUUAACUGACAUUGAACUGACUAAAUGUUACAUGUUGUGUGUGUAUCAUGACAUAUUCUACUACAGGGCAUAACAUUUAACACAGAUGAUAUUCUCCUCCCUGUAAGAUAUUCUACUACAGGGCAUAACAUUUAACACGGAUGAUAUUCUCCUCCCUGUACGAUAUUCUACUACAGGGCAUAACAUUUAACACGGAUGAUAUUCUCCUCCCUGUACGAUAUUCUACUACAGGGCACAGGCAUAACAUUUAACACGGAUGAUAUUCUCCUCCCUGUAAGAUAUUCUACUACAGGGCACAGGCAUAACAUUUAACACGGAUGAUAUUCUCCUCCCUGUACGAUAUUCUACUACAGGGCACAACAUUUAACACUGAUGAUAUUCUCCUCCCUGUACGAUAUUCUACUACAGGGCAUAACAUUUAACACUGAUGAUAUUCUCCUCCCUGUAAGAUAUUCUACUACAGGGCAUAACAUUUAACACGGAUGAUAUUCUCCUCCCUGUAAGCCGGGCCGGCCUCUGUUCUACCAAGAGGUCUGCACCUUUAUGGCACAGGAGGUAGUGUAAAUUGUAUCCUGUAAAUGGUUCAAGACUUGCACAUUCAGACCCCCCCACCCCCUUACACACACACAAACACAUCUGCCCUCUAAAAGUCCUCAUCUUCCUCUCUAUCACUAUAAUAUAAACCAUGAGGUGGACUAAAGUCCUCAUCUUCCUCUCUAUCACUAUAAUAUAAACCAUGAGGUGUACUAAAGUCCUCAUCUUCCUCUCUAUCACUAUAAUAUAAACCAUGAGGUGUACUAAAGUCCUCAUCUUCCUCUCUAUCACUAUAAUAUAAACCAUGAGGUGGACUGAAGUCCUCAUCUUUUCCAUCUUUUUUCCUUGUAGUUCUGUGAUUGGCUGAAAUCUGUCAUCCGGGACCACAGGAGUGUUCCGCUGACGGCGUUCCUGGGAAUUCUGUCUGUUAUCUAUCUGGGAAUGUCCCCCUACACCACGCUUCCCACCCUCUUCAUCCCCUUCACCCUCUGGAUGGCUGGCUGAUACCGGAAAUUCUGGAAAAUCCAUAAUAAAAUUGGAUAAUAUGUAUAUAGGUGUAUAUUGUUAGAAAUAGAAAUGUUCACAUGUUAAUACAAAUGUAUUUUCUUUUUAAAACAUAAUAAUUUUGGGAGCGUCUUAUAUUUGUCCUUGAACUGGAAAUGUUGUUUCUUGCAUAUCCCAACUCCCCCCCUGAGACACACACAGGGAGUGGGUUCACCAUUGUACUGCACCCCCUGGAGCAAUUAGGGUGAAGUGCCUUGCUCGUGGGCACAGCAACAGAUUUUUUCACCUAGUCUUCUCCGGUAUUCAAAACAGCGGCCUUUCGGUUACUGGCUCAGCACUCUAACCGUUAGGCUACCUGCCACCCCUAAACAGCAGCGUUAUGACAGUGUUCAGACCGUAGCUCAUGUCAUGCUCUAAAUAUGUUUUAUACCACAAGACAACAGAACAGUCACAUUGGCCUUCGAGUUUGGACCCAUCUCUAACCAUGAACGUUUGCACAGAAUGUAUUUUUUAUUUUAUUUUUUACAUUGUAAAAUGUUAAUAAUGUAUUUGUGAUGUAAAUAAACACCUGAACGUUAAACACACACGGUAGUGUACUGAGACUGACCUGUUUGUGUUUGUUUGUGUGUGUGUGUGUGUGUGUGUGUGUGUCUGUGUGUGUGUGUGUGUGUGUGUGUGUGUGUGUGUGUGUGUGUGUGUGUGUGUGUGUGUGUGUGUGGAGCGAUAUCUGCAUAUUGCACCUUUAAUUAUAUAACCUACCAUUGUUGUGGUAGGAGAGGAGGGGACAAGCCUUUGAUUAAUUCAUUCCUUUAUUCUCCCAGCAUCCCUGAGUCUGGCCAGAGAGACUAAUGAUCAGGGCUGCAGAAUUCCAGUCACCUUCCCAGAAUUCCCUGGCGUUUCAGAUAUCCUGCUUGGAAUAUUCCUGGUAUUAUAAAGGAGUGAGGAGAACAUCCAGGAAUCCUCCAGCCAGGCUUUCUGGAAAACCAGGGAGUUUUGGGGAAGUUGCAGUCAAUUUGCAGCCCUAAGGUCAUGACGCAUUAUCCUUUGGUAUGGGGAAAUAAAAUGUAUAUGUUGUUCCAGAUCUGUUUGUGCUGUCUUGCCAACUCCUACGGUCAAAGUUGACUAAACAGCACAAACAGAUCUUGGAACCAGGCUAGAUCUUUCUCAUCCACUACUUUUGACCAGGUCUCGCACCCUAUUCCCUAUGUAGUGCACUAUAGACCAGAGAAUGGCACCCUAUUCCCUAUAUAGUGCACUACUUUAGACCAGAGAAUGGCACCCUAUUCCCUAUAUAGUCCACUACUUUAGACCAGAGAGUGGCACCCUAUUCCCUAUAUAGUGCACUACUUUAGACCAGAGAAUGGCACCCUAUUCCCUAUAUAGUGCACUACUUUAGACCAGAGAAUGGCACCCUAUUCCCUAUAUAGUGCACUAAUUUAGACCAGAGAAUGGCACCCUAUUCCCUAUAUAGUGCACUACUUUAGACCAGAGAAUGGCACCCUAUUCCCUAUAUAGUGCACUACUUUUGGCCAGAGCCAUGGGUCUUGGUCAAACAUAGUGCACUAUACAGGGAAUAGGGUGCAGAUUCAGACUUUAGACCUAACAUUGGGAAAUAAUAGCAUUGUUCUGUUAAGCUUAUGUACUUGCUGCUCCAAAAAUCCAAAUCUCUUUACGUUCCGAAUGGCACCCUAUUCCCUAUAUAGUGCACUACUUUAGACCAGGACCUAUAGGGACUAGGCUGCCAUUUGUGAUGCAGACUUUCUUUGUUAUUGAUGAAAUACUCAGCAAAAGUGUCCACAUCACUCUAAUCCACAGCUCUGAGUAGGAGUUGUCCUUAGGCACAGAUCUAGGAUCAGCUUAGCCUCAGUCAAAUCCUAGCCUUAAUCAUUUUGGGGAAGCACAAAACUGACCUUAGAUCAGUGGUAAGUACUAAUUCCUUCAGCUCCACCUACCUAGUGGCUGGGCUAAUAAAAACAUCCAGGUAGCGAACUCUCCCCUCUCUCUCUCUUUCAGAACUCUGUCUCUCCGUGUCUCCGUCAACACUCCAACUCUCCUCCUACACAUUCUGUCCAUCUCUCCCUCUCUCUCUUUCAACACUUCCUCUAUCUCUCCUUAUUUUUUUCCCUCACUCUCCAUCUCUCCAGUCCUCUUUUCCAUCUCUCACUCUCUCUCUCUCUCUGUCUCUCUCUCUCUCUCUCUCUCUCUCUCUCUCUCUCUCUCUCUCUCUCUCCUCUCUCUCUCUCUCUCUCUCUCUCUCUCUCUCUCUCUCUCUCUCUCUCUCUCUCUCUCCCUCCAUCUCCCCUUCUCCUCCUCCGUGUCAGGACCAUGUUUCCUCUCACCCUCCUCAGCCUGCUCUUCAUCACCCCACAAACAGACGACAAGAAAGAGAAAGAAAAAACCCUGGCAACAACCAAAGAGGAAGCUCCAUCUAAGUAUGACUCCAUGUUCCAGAGAGGGGACCUGUUGAAGGUAUGGAAUAAAUUAAUGUAGUCAAAUGGCUGAGGCAACUCUAUGGCUGAGGCAACUCUAUGGCUGAGGCAACUCUAUGGCUGAGGCAACUCUAUGGCUGAGGCAACUCUAUGGCUGAGGCAACUCUAUGGCUGAGGCAACUCUAUGGCUGAGGCAAGUCUAUGGCUGAGGCAACUCUAUCGCUGAGUCAACUCUAUGGCUGAGGCAACUCUAUGGCUGAGGCAACUCUAUGGCUGAGUCAACUCUAUGGCUGAGGCAACUCUAUGGCUGAGGCAACUCUUUCGCUGAGGCAACUCUAUGGCUGAGGCAACUCUAUGGCUGAGGCAACUCUAUGGCUGAGGCAACACUAUGGCUGAGGCAACUCUAUGGCUGAGGCAACUCUAUGGCUGAGGCAACUCUAUGGCUGAGGCAACUCUAUGGCUGAGGCAACUCUAUGGCUGAGGCAACUCUAUGGCUGAGUCAACUAUAUGGCUGAGGCAACUCUAUGGCUGAGUCAACUAUGGCUGAGGCAACUCUAUGGCUGAGGCAACUCUAUGGCUGAGGCAACUCUAUGGCUGAGGCAAGUCUAUGGCUGAGGCAACUCUAUGGCUGAGUCAACUCUAUGGCUGAGGCAACUCUAUGGCUGAGGCAACUCUAUGGCUGAGGCAACUCUAUGGCUGAGGCAAGUCUAUGGCUGAGGCAACUCUAUGGCUGAGGCAACUCUUUCGCUGAGGCAACUCUAUGGCUGAGCCCCAAUUGGCGCCCUAUUCCCUUCGCUCCCUCUGGUCUAAAGUAGUGCACUAUAUAGGGAAUAGGGUGCCAUUCUCUGGUCUAAAGUAGUGCACUAUAUAGGGAAUAGGGUGCCAUUCUCUGGUCUAAAGUAGUGCACUAUAUAGGGAAUAGGGUGCCAUUCUCUGGUCUAAAAUAGUGCACUAUAUAGGGAAUAGGGUGCCAUUCUCUGGUCUAAAGUAGUGGACUAUAUAGGGAAUAGGGUGCCAUUCUCUGGUCUAAAGUAGUGCACUAUAUAGGGAAUAGGGUGCCAUUCUCUGGUCUAAAAUAGUGCACUAUAUAGGGAAUAGGGUGCCAUUCUCUGGUCUAAAGUAGUGCACUAUAUAGGGAAUAGGGUGCCAUUCUCUGGUCUAAAGUAGUGAACUAUAUAGGGGAUAGGGUGCCAUUCUCUGGUCUAAAGUAGUGCACUAUAUAGGGAAUAGGGUACCAUUCUCUGGUCUAAAGUAGUGCACUAUAUAGGGAAUAGGGUGCCAUUCUCUGGUCUAAAGUAGUGCACUACAUAGGGAAUAGGGUGCCAUUCUCUGGUCUAAAGUAGUGCACUACAUAGGGAAUAGGGUGCCAUUCUCUGGUCUAAAGUAGUGCACUAUAUAGGGAAUAGGGUACCAUUCUCUGGUCUAAAGUGGUGCACUACAUAGGGAAUAGGGUGCCAUUCUCUGGUCUAAAGUAGUGCACUACAUAGGGAAUAGGGUGCCAUUCUCUGGUCUAAAGUAGUGCACUAGAUAGGGAAUAGGGUGCCAUUCUCUGGUCUAAAGUAGUGCACUAUAUAGGGAAUAGGGUGCCAUUCUCUGGUCCAAUGUAGUGCACUAUAUAGGGAAUAGGGUACCAUUCUCUGGUCCAAUGUAGUGCACUAUAUAGGGAAUAGGGUGCCAUUUGGGACACUAAAUGUAUUUUAAACAUGUCCAAUAUAACUCAUUCGUUCAGGUACCCCGGACGUUGUUCACUCAUUUUGGGAUCUACCUGGGCGGAGGCAAGGUGGCUCACCUGAUACCCGACAUACUGCCUAUGGUGUCAGAGGAUGAGGAAGCUGUCAGAGAGAUGGUCACCAAUAACAGACUGAUACUGGGGGGUCAUCGCUAAGGUGACGGGGGACUGGGGGAGGGGGGACUGGGGGGGGGGGGGACUGGGGGGGGGACGGGGGGACUGGGGGGGGGAGGGGGGGGGACUGGGGGGGGGGGACUGGGGGGGGGGGGACUGGGGGGGGGGGGGGGGGGGGGGACUGGGGGGGGACGGGGGUGAUGUGUGGUGUGGUGUCUGAUGAUGAGGAGGCUAUCAUCACUACCGUAAAUGGGAGAAAGUGUGUGUGUGUGUGUGUGUGUGUGUGUGUGUCUGACGAUGGAGAAUUCGUAUGAAUUCGUAUGAAGGUAUGUUAGAGGUAACUGUGUGUUUGUGUGUGUGUGUGUGUGUGUGCGUGCGUGUGUGUGUGUGUGUGCGUGCGUGCGUGCGUGCGUGCGUGCGUGCGUGCGCGUGCGUGCGCGUGCGUGCGUGCGUGUGAGUGUGUGUGUGUGUGUGUGUGUGUGUGUGUGUGUGUGUGUGUGUGUGUUCUCUAACUGUCCUCCUCCUCUCUCAGUGUGCCAGUGUGAGGGUGGACACUGUGGAAGACUUUGCGUACGGCUCAGAGAUUAUUGUGAACCCCAUGGAUAAGGUACAGUAAGCAGGCAGCCAUAGAUGAACUGUCUGGUUUAAACAUGGUGGAUACUGACAAGCCAGCCUGAUCCUGCUAGCUUACAUAAAUAUGCUAUAAGGAAUCAGUGUAGCACAUACACUAUAUAUAUAUAUAUAUAUAUAUAUAUAUAUAUAUACAAAAGUAUGUGGACACCCCUUCAAAUUAGUGGAUUCGGCUAUUUCAGCCACACCCGUUGCUGACAGGUCCAUAAAAUCAAGCACACAGCCAUGCAAUCUCCAUAGACAAACAUUGGAAAAGCCGACUGCGAGCCAGGCCUAAUCGCCCGACGUCAGUGCCCGACCUCACUAAAUGCUCUUGUGGCUGAAUGGAAGCAAGUCCCCUCAGCAAUGUUCCAACAUCUAGUGGAAAGCCUUCCCAGAAGAGUGGAGGCUGUUAUAGCAGCAAAGGGGGGGGACCAACUCCAUAUUAAUGCCCAUGAUUUUGGAAUGAGAUGGUCGACGAGCAGGUGUCCACAUACUUUUGGUCAUGUAGUGUAUAUUAAACGAUUAAAGCUUGUGUCCACAUACUUUUGGUCAUGUAGAGUAUGUCUGUAAGCUCACCAGAUCAGGCUCGCGAGUCUAACUCGAUGUAUCUAUUCACUACUUCAAUAUACUCAAGACUAUAAAAACAGUGAACAGUGACUAUUUCAGAUGCAUCCUGUCUGUAUCUCUGUCUCUGUCUAUCAGGUGUCUGUAUCUCUGUCUAUCAGGUGUCUGUAUCUCUGUCUAUCAGGUGUCUGUAUCUCUGUCUAUCAGGUGUCUAUCUGCUAUCUCUGUCUAUCAGGUGUCUGUACUCUGUCUAUCAGGUGUCCUGUGUCUCUGUCUAUCAGGUGUCUGUAUCUCUGUCUAUCAGGUGUCUUAUCUCUGUCUAUCAGGUGUCUGUAUCUCUGUUGUCUAUCAGGUUGUAUCUGUCUAUCGUGUCUGUUCUGUUAUCAGGUGUCUGUAUCUUUUGUUCUCUGUCUAUCAGGUGUCUGUAUCUCUGUCUAUCAGGUGUCUUAUCUCUGUAUCUUCUGUCUCUGUCUAUCAGGUGUCUGUAUCUCUGUCUCUGUCUAUCAGGUGUCUGUAUCUUUGUAUCUCUGUCUAUCAGGUGUCUGUAUCUCUGUAUAUCAGGUGUCUGUAUCUCUGUCUCUGUCUAUCAGGUGUCUGUAUCUCUGUCUGUCAGGUGUCUGUAUCUCUGUAUCUCUGUCUAUCAGGUGUCUGUAUCUCUGUAUAUCAGGUGUCUGUAUCUCUGUCUCUGUCUAUCAGGUGUCUGUAUCUCUGUCUGUCAGGUGUCUGUAUCUCUGUAUCUCUGUCUAUCAGGUGUCUGUAUCUCUGUAUAUCAGGUGUCUGUAUCUCUGUCUCUGUCUAUCAGGUGUCUGUGUCUCUGUCUGUCAGGUGUCUGUAUCUUUGUAUCUCUGUCUAUCAGGUGUCUGUAUCUCUGUAUAUCAGGUGUCUGUAUCUCUGUCUCUGUCUAUCAGGUGUCUGUAUCUCUGUCUGUCAGGUGUCUGUAUCUCUGUAUCUCUGUCUAUCAGGUGUCUGUAUCUCUGUCUAUCAGGUGUCUGUAUCUCUGUCUAUCAGGUGUCUGUAUCUCUGUCUGUCAGGUGUCUGUAUCUCUGUAUCUCUGUCUAUCAGGUGUCUGUAUCUCUGUAUAUCAGGUGUCUGUAUCUCUGUAUAUCAGGUGUCUGUAUCUCUGUCUAUCAGGUGUCUGUAUCUCUGUCUAUCAGGUGUCUGUAUCUCUGUCUAUCAGGUGUCUGUAUCUCUGUCUAUCAGGUGUCUGUAUCUCUGUCUAUCAGGUGUCUGUAUCUCUGUCUAUCAGGUGUCUGUAUCUCUGUCUAUCAGGUGUCUGUAUCUCUGUCUAUCAGGUGUCUGUAUCUCUGUCUAUCAGGUGUCUGUAUCUCUGUCUAUCAGGUGUCUGUAUCUCUGUCUAUCAGGUGUCUGUAUCUCUGUCUAUCAGGUGUCUGUAUCUCUGUCUAUCAGGUGUCUGUAUCUCUGUCUAUCAGGUGUCUGUAUCUCUGUCUAUCAGGUGUCUGUAUCUCUGUCUACCAGGUGUCUGUAUCUCUGUAUCUCUGUCUAUCAGGUGUCUCUGUCUCUGUCUACCAGGUGUCUGUAUCUCUGUAUCUCUGUCUAUCAGGUGUCUGUAUCUCUGUCUAUCAGGUGUCUGUAUCUCUGUAUCUCUGUCUAUCAGGUGUCUGUAUCUCUGUCUAUCAGGUGUCUGUAUCUCUGUCUGUCAGGUGUCUGUAUCUCUGUCUAUCAGGUGUCUGUAUCUCUGUCUAUCAGGUGUCUGUAUCUCUGUCUAUCAGGUGUCUGUAUCUCUGUCUCUGUCUAUCAGGUGUCUCUGUCUCUGUCUAUCAGGUGUCUGUAUCUCUGUCUAUCAGGUGUCUGUAUCUCUGUCUAUCAGGUGUCUGUAUCUCUGUCUAUCAGGUGUCUGUAUCCCUGUCUAUCAGGUGUCUGUAUCCCUGUCUAUCAGGUGUGCAGUCGCCCCCCACUGAAAGGAGAGGAAGUGGCUGGAAGGGCAGAGAAGCUCCAGGGCUGCACAGCCUACAGCCUGCUGUGGUAUAACUGCGAACACUACGUCAUGUACUGUCGAUACGGCACCUGCAUGAGCUUCCAAACCUUCCAGGUUAGGACCAAUACAAACAUGAUACAUAUAGAUUGAUCAGUAUCAAUGUCUGUCUGUCUGCCUGCCUAGUACCAACCCAAUAUGUCUGUCUGUCUGCCUGCCUAGUACCAACCCAAUAUGUCUGUCUGUCUGCCUGCCUAGUACCAACCCAAUAUGUCUGUCUGUCUGCCUGCCUAGUACCAACCCAAUAUGUCUGUCUGUCUGUCUGCCUAGUACCAACCCAAUAUGUCUGUCUGUCUGCCUGCCUAGUACCAACCCAAUAUGUCUGUCUGUCUGUCUGUGUGCCCAUCUCUCUCUCUGUCUGUCUUUCUGUCAGUCUGUCUGUCUGUCUGUCUUAAAUACACUGUUCUCCUCUGUUGUCUGUCUGUCUGUCUGUCUGUCUGUCUGUCUGUCUGUCUGUCUGUCUGUCUGUCUGUCUGUCUGUCUGUCUUAAAUACACUGUUCUCCUCUGUUGUCUGUCUGUUCUGUCUGUCUGUCUGUUCUCCUCUGUCUGUCUGUCUGUCUGUCUGUUCUCCUCUGUCUGUCUGUCUGUCUGUCUGUCUGUCUGUCUGUCUGUCUGUCUGUCUGUCUGUCUGUCUGUCUGUCUGUCUGUCUGUCUGUCUGUCUGUCUGUCUGUCUUUCUGUCAGUAUGUCUGUCUGUCUGUCUUAAAUACACUGUUCUCCUCUGUUGUCUGUCUGUCUGUCUGUCUUAAAUACACUGUUCUCCUCUGUUGUCUGUCUGUCUGUCUGUCUGUCUGUCUGUCUGUCUGUCUGUUCUCCUCUGUUGUCUGUCUGUCUGUCUGUCUGUCUGUCUGUCUGUCUGUCUGUCUGUCUGUCUCUGUCUGUCUGUCUGUCUGUCUGUUCUCCUCUGUUGUCUGUCUGUCUGUCUGUCUGUCUCUGUCUGUCUGUCUGUUCUCCUCUGUUGUCUGUCUGUCUGUCUGUCUGUCUGUCUGUCUGUCUGUCUGUCUGUUCUCCUCUGUUGUCUGUCUGUCUGUCUGUCUGUCUGUCUGUCUGUCUGUUCUCCUCUGUUGUCUGUCUGUCUGUCUGUCUUAAAUUCACUGUUCUCCUCUGCUUUGCAGUUUCUAUGCUUCCGUUUGCAGUGUGUGAAAAACUAAACUAAAUCCUAUCGCAACCAUUAUAAUAACUAUAAUAACUUCAUCUCUUUUUCUCAGAGAAGGUUAUCUUUUCUCAGAAACACAAUUAGAAAGCCCAUUCAACUGCAACGUGCUUGUUAAUGUUUAAUGUGUGUGUGUGUGUGUGUGUAGUGUGUGUGUGUGUGUGUGUGUUGUGUGUGUGUGUGUGUGUAGUGUGUGUGUGUGUGUGUGUGUGUAUGUGUGUGUGUGUGUGUGUGUAGUGUGUGCGUGUGAGUGUGUGUGUGUGUGUGUGUGUGUGUGUGUGUGUGUGUGUGUAGUGUGUGUAUGAGUGUGUGUGUGUGUGUGUGUGUGUGUGUGUGUGUGUGUGUGUGUGUGUGUGUGUGUGUGUGUGUGUGUGUGUGUGUGUGUGUGUGUGUGUGUGUGUGUGUGUGUGUGUGUGUGUAGUGUGUAGUGUGUGCAUGAGUGUGUGUGUGCUUUCCAGGGUCUAAAUGACUGCAUGGUAAUAAUGACCAUAGCAAAACACAUUGGCCAAUUAAAUAGAGUUAAGCCUCUUGUGUGGUUACAAUAGGAACAAUGGAACAAAUACUUUUGUUAGGCAAUUUAUAAAAGUUUUUUAAGUAAAUCCAUCUUAUAAACAGAACACUCUGGACCAAUUAAUCUGAUUUCUGAUUGGCUGGAUCUGGAACAAGGUUACUUAUGUCAGUCACUAACCACCUCUGAUGUAUAGUAACAAGUAAAGUAGUGUUUAGUAACAAGUAAAGUAGUGUGUAGUAACAAGUAGACUAGUGUAUAGUAACAAGUAAAGUAGUGUGUAGUAACAAGUCAAGUAGUGUAUAGUAACAAGUAGUGUAUAGUAACAAGUAAAGUAGUGUUUAGUAACAAGUAAAGUAGUGUAUAGUAACUAGUAAAGUAGUGUAUAGUAACUAGUAAAGUAGUGUAUAGUAACUAGUAAAGUAGUGUAUAGUAACUAGUAAAGUAGUGUAUAGUAACAAGUAAAGUAGUGUGUAGUAACUAGUAAAGUAGUGUGUAGUAACAAGUAAAGUAGUGUAUAGUAACUAGUAAAGUAGUGUAUAGUAACAAGUAAAGUAGUGUAUAGUAACUAGUAAAGUAGUGUAUAGUAACUAGUAAAGUAGUGUGUAGUAACAAGUAAAGUAGUGUAUAGUAACAAGUAAAGUAGUGUUUAGUAACAAGUAAAGUAGUGUAUGGUAACAAGUAAAGUAGUGUAUAGUAACAAGUAAAGUAGUGUGUAGUAACAAGUAGAGUAGUGUAAAGUAACUAGUAAAGUAGUGUAUAGUAACAAGUAGAGUAGUGUAUAGUAACAAGUAAAGUAGUGUAUAGUAACAAGUAGUGUAUAGUAACAAGUAGUGUAUAGUAACAAGUAAAGUAGUGUAUAGUAACAAGUAAAGUAGUGUAAAGUAACUAGUAAAGUAGUGUAUAGUAACAAGUAGUGUAUAGUAACAAGUAAAGUAGUGUUUAGUAACAAGUAAGGUAGUGUAUGGUAACAAGUAAAGUAGUGUAAAGUAACUAGUAAAGUAGUGUAUAGUAACAAGUAAAGUAGUGUAAAGUAACUAGUAAAGUAGUGUGUAGUAACAAGUAAAGUAGUGUAUAGUAACAAGUAGUGUAUAGUAACAAGUAAAGUAGUGUUUAGUAACAAGUAAAGUAGUGUAUAGUAACACGUAAAGUAGUGUAAAGUAACUAGUAAAGUAGUGUAUAGUGACAAGUAAAGUAGUGUUUAGUAACAAGUAAAGUAGUGUAUAGUAACAAGUAAAGUAGUGUAUAGUAACAAGUAAAGUCGUGUAAAGUAACAAGUAAAGUAGUGUAUAGUAACAAGUAAAGUAGUGUAAAGUAACAAGUAAAGUAGUGUAAAGUAACUAGUAAAGUAGUGUGUAGUAACAAGUAUUGUAUAGUAACAAGUAAAGUAGUGUUUAGUAACAAGUAAAGUAGUGUAUGGUAACAAGUAAAGUAGUGUAAAGUAACUAGUAAAGUUGUGUAUAGUAACAAGUAAAUUAGUGUAAAGUAACUAGUAAAGUAGUGUGUAGUAACAAGUAAAGUAGUGUAUAGUAACAAGUAGUGUAUAGUAACAAGUAAAGUAGUGUUUAGUAACAAGUAAAGUAGUGUAUAGUAACAAGUAAAGUAGUGUAUAGUAACAAGUAAAGUAGUGUAUAGUAACAAGUAAAGUAGUGUAAAGUAACUAGUAAAGUAGUGUGUAGUAACAAGUAAAGUAGUGUAUAGUUACAAGUAGUGUAUAGUAACAAGUAAAGUAUUGUUUAGUAACAAGUAAAUUAGUGUAUAGUAACAAGUAGUGUAUAGUAACAAGUAAAGUAGUGUAUAGUAACAAGUAAAGUAGUGUGUAGUAACAAGUAAAGUAGUGUAUAGUAACAAGUAGUGUAUAGUAACAAGUAAAGUAGUGUUUAGUAACAAGUAAAUUAGUGUUUAGUAACAAGUAGUGUAUAGUAACUAGUAAAGUAGUGUGUAGUAACAAGUAAAGUAGUGUAUAGUAACAAGUAGUGUAUAGUAACAAGUAAAAUAGUGUUUAGUAACAAGCAAAGUUGUGUAUGGUAACAAGUAAAGUAGUGUAAAGUAACUAGUAAAGUUGUGUAUAGUAACAAGUAAAUUAGUGUAAAGUAACUAGUAAAGUAGUGUGUAGUAACAAGUAAAGUAGUGUAUAGUAACAAGUAGUGUAUAGUAACAAGUAAAGUAGUGUAUAGUAACAAGUAAAGUAGUGUAUAGUAACAAGAAAAGUAGUGUUUAGUAACAAGUAAAGUAGUGUAUAGUAACAAGUAAAGUAGUGUAUAGUAACAAGUAAAGUAGUGUUUAGUAACAAGUAAAGUAGUGUAUAGUAACAAGUAAAGUAGUGUAUAGUAACAAGUAGUGUAUAGUAACAAGUAAAGUAGUGUUUAGUAACAAGUAAAUUAGUGUAUAGUAACAAGUAAAGUAGUGUAAAGUAACUAGUAAAGUAGUGUAUAGUAACAAGUAGUGUAUAGUAUCAAGUAAAGUAGUGUAUAGUAACAAGUAAAGUAGUGUAUAGUAACAAGUAAAGUAGUGUUUAGUAACAAGUAAAGUAGUCAUUGGGAACAUCAUUCAAUCAAUUCAAUUGAUCAAUCCACAGGGUUUACCUAUAAUACAUAUAUUUACGACUGAGGUAAAUAUAUGUAUUAUAGGUAAAGUUUUCAGGUCUCAUGCAAUGUGGUCCUCUGUAGCUCAAUUGGUAGAGCAUGGCGCUUGUAACGCCAGGGUAGUGGGUUCGAUCCCCGCGACCACCCAUAUGUAAAAAUGUAUGCGCACAUGACUGUAAGUCGCUUUGGAUAAAAGUGUCUGCUAAAUGGCAUAUUAUUAUUAUUAUUAUGUUAGGUUCCUCUUGGAAGGGACUAGAGAGAGACUAGGGUUGCAUCCGAAAUGGAUGGUCCUAUGGGCCUGGUCAAUAGUAGUCCAGUUAGGCCUGAAUGAUGUUCCCAAUGACCUGUAGUCUUCAGGUCUCAGACAAGGUUACUCAUCAUGCCUUAUUUACACCUCAGAACAGAGACCAGGUAGGUCAUCUGUUCACCUGUAUCCUUGUAGCAGGGACCUACAGGUAGUUAACUAGCUAGUAGACCUACAAUGACUUAUAUUUCAUCACACGAUGCACCUUUUGUAAUCUCUCGUGAACAGACUACGUAAAUCUGACCAAAUUACGCUGAAUUUGAGUUCUGGGUUAACUGAGAUUAGAAACUGUCUCUUUGAGAGCCGCUAAUAUGGGCUGAACCUGUACUAUGUUUAUAGCCUACCUGACCUGUCCCUUGUAGGUUGACCUACAGUGUGCGCUUGCAUGUGUAUGUGUAUUUGUGACCUGAUGGGCCCAUUGACCAACAGUUAGUCUGAUGGGAUCUACAAACGAGAUUCUGGAACCUUCCUUCACCUGGUUACUAAAAUGGAGGCUAGUUGGCCUGCCUGAACCUACUCACCUUAACACAUACCAAGCAAGAGGUGAAGGGAUGAAGAGAUGGAUGGAUGGAUGAAUGAAUUUAAAUGAAUGAAUGAAGUUAUAUACACACACACAGUCACAGGGAAGAUCAUACUAAAGCUAUCACUGGAACAGUAGAACUCUAGAAUACAGAACACUCCGUAGAAUACUAGAACAGUAGAACUCUAGAAUACAGAACACUCCAUAGAAUACUAGAACAGUAGAACUCUAGAAUACAGAACACUCCGUAGAAUACUAGAACAGUAGAACUCUAGAAUACAGAACACUCCGUAGAAUACUAGAACAGUAGAACUCUAGAAUACAGAACACUCCGUAGAAUACUAGAACAGUAGAACUCUAGAAUACAGAACACUCCGUUAAAUACUAGAACAGUAGAACUCUAGAAUACAGAACACUCCGUAGAAUACUAGAACAGUAGAACUCUAGAAUACAGAACACUCCGUUAAAUACUAGAACAGUAGAACUCUAGAAUACAGAACACUCCGUAGAAUACUAGAAGAAGAGUAGAACUCUAGAAGAACUACCGUAGAAUACUAGAACAGUAGAACUCUAGAAUACAGAAUACUCCGUAGAAUUCAACUGAUUGACAAACUAAUUAUGUUAAGUGAUACUAUGGCACCCCCUAGCGGGCAUAUCUUAUAAAUGACAGGCAGGGUCCUGUAUUAUCAACAGCCCGAGGGCACACAGCUGGAGAAAAUAAAUAAUGUAUACAUUUCAUCUCUCUCUCCACCCCCUCUCUAUCUCCCCACUAACUCUAUCACUCUCCCCUUCUCCCCCCUCUAUCUCUCUCCCCCUUCUAUCUCUCUCAGUUCUGUAAGACAGUGAAGAAGUUCAUUCUGAGCCGGAGGAGUGCCAAGUUGACAGCGGUGUUAGGCCCAGUACUAGUGCUCUAUGUGGGGGUAGUGUCUCUCUGCUCAGCCCUGGUCAUGAUCCUGGUUCCCUUUAUUAUCUGGAUGGCCUCCUAGACUCCUGGAGUGAAGAAAG